UCCAGGCUCCGCCCCGGGCCCUUCCCUUCUGGCCCCACGCCUUCCACGUGGGACCGUGGGCUGGGCUCCACUCCUCGCCCUCCUCCUCCUCCUCCUCCUCUUGCGCUCCCUUCCCUCCUUCGGGAGCCAGUGCGGUUUUUUUGCCUGGGUGAAAAGCAGGAGAAGUGGGCCACAGAGGAACAGCUGUGUGUUUGGGCCACCCGUGGGAGACCCUCCGUGCUUUUGGGAUCCUUUGGGUAGAGCCGCUGGGUUCGUGGAGAAGGAGGCAGCCAGGAUGGAGCUGUGAUCCCGAAGGAAGGAAGGAAGCAUCCCGCGAAGGAAGGAGGAAAGGAAGGAAGGAAGGAAAGCAUCCAAAACAGGCGAGGAGGAGGCGGCCCGGGUGCAACCAACCAAAAUGUCAGCCAAGAAGGAAGGCGCACACAAGAAAUGGGCAGCCUUGAAGGAGAAGCUGGGGUCCCAGGAGUCUGACCAAACAGAGGCCAAUUUGGAAAAUGCAGAACCAGAGCUCUGCAUCCGGCUCCUGCAAAUCCCUUCAGUGGUGAACUACUCUGGGCUCAAGAAAAGACUGGAGAGCAGUGAUGAUGGCUGGAUGGUCCAGUUUCUGGAGCUUUGUGGGCUUGAUCUUCUACUGGAAGCCUUGGAUCGACUCUCUGGGAGAGGUGUCUCCAGGAUUUCUGAUGCUCUUCUACAGCUGACAUGCAUUAACUGUGUGCGGGCAGUAAUGAACUCGCAGAAAGGCAUCGAGUAUAUUGUGAGCAAUGAAGGCUAUGUCAGGAAACUCUCCCAAGCACUUGAUACUUCAAAUGUCAUGGUCAAAAAACAAGUUUUUGAACUUCUGGCUGCUCUCUGCAUCUACUCAAUGGAUGGACAUGCUUUAGCUCUGGAUGCUCUGGAUCAUUACAAGACUGUGAAAAACCAACAGUACCGGUUCAGCGUCAUAAUGAAUGAACUCUCAGCCACAGAUAACGUGCCAUACAUGAUAACACUCCUGAGUGCCAUCAAUGCAGUCAUAUUGGGGACAGAAGAACUAAGAGCGAGGACGCAGCUCCGGAAUGAGUUCAUUGGUCUCCAACUGUUGGAUAUUUUGAAUAGACUGAGGUGA